AUGCCAUACAUUCCUCCUGGAAGACAGCGAUCGUCGUCUCUGCCAUUUUUGCACGCCAUCCCCCGGUGGCUGUCGAUGGACGAGGCGGAAGAACGAGAGCAGCAACAGUCUGAAAAUACCCGCAAGAACGCCCGCAGUUUUGCGGCGUCGCUGUUCCGCCGACACAAAAGCGAGUCGAGUGCCGACAACGCCGACAGCACUGACAACAGCCCCGGCCCAGCCUCUGUCUCGUCAUGUUCGUCUUCUUCUACAUCAGACCAUUCAGAUAACCUACUUAGCGCCGCUAACCCCGACAUGAGUGACGCGACCCUGUGCACUCCCAGUGCAAGUGAUGGUGCAAGUGAAGAUGCAAGUGCGGCGCUGGGCCGCGGUAAUGGAGCUACCGACACCACCGUUGCUACCGAGGGACAGGCCCACGAUAAUUUCGGUGGCGAUGGCGACAAGGACUCUGCCAUGCCACGUGAUUCACCAGAAACGCACCCCAUCAUGGAGGGACGACUUCGGAGUCUUUUCCGGAAUAGAGUUGAUAAAAGCAACUCAUGCAGCACUUCGUGGCCAAAUGCUGGUCAUGCACCGCAAACAAAGACAAGGUUUGAACAAGCACAAGAGUUAAUUGCAAGAAAAGUUAAUUUGGGUAAAGACGAAAUAGACACAGGUGCUGAGCAAAAGACACAAAACCAAGUGGAUUCCUCGCACCCUUCCGUCUCAUCUCAUCCCAACUCUUCUUGUUCGCCACUCUCAAACGACAACAAGUCUGCAACAACUCACGACAAGCAUAGCUCCGCCAACAGCCCGGACAACGACAUGGUAGCUCUCACAUCCACUACCAUCACCGGCGAGCCUGCGUCACAGUUGCACAAAACCACCGUCACCACACAACCUGCCACAUCCAGUGCCACAAACACAAACACGGCUGCUAUCGACAUUAAUGGCUCUGCUAAACGCGCAUCCGAUGAGAUCGAUCCUCUGGACACCGGGCUGGGGCUCUCCAAGUCUCCCAGCUCGUCUUCACUUGGCUCUCUGUCGUCGCUCAGCUCCCUGGCUUCUCUGAGCUCGCUCACUAACGGUACGGGCCCUAUUUCCUCCACCCUCAGUCAGCUCAGAAAGCCCGCAUCGACCGCAACAGCCACAUCUACCUCUAACAACACCCCCCAGCAUACUAACGAAAAGGUCCCCAGCAACAAAACCAUCACAUCUGCCGCAAAGACCACCAUCACAGCACCCUCCCUCGACAAGGAAGGCCCCAUUGUGUUCGACUCAGCGGCCCUCAGCGACUCGGACUCGGAGGCCAAGACCCCUGCUGCUACUGCUGCCGCCUCGGCCAAGUCAGCCGCGUCUCGACGAGCCGAACGACCCUCACUGACGCGAACCACUUCGUCGCCAGGCUUGGAGAAACGCGACUUUGUGCCUCCCAUCAACACCGCUCCUGAGACCCCCGCACCCGACUCUCCUGUGACCGAAACCAUGGUUCUCACACGUGCAGGCUCUUCUGAGGACGUGCCCUCGACCGUCUUCUCUUGCCCCGACUCUCUCACCUCGCCUGAGCGACGGUCCUCAAUUCUCACACAGCUGCAGAUGCCUGUGUCGCCCUCAAUCAUCCGAAAGAAGUCUGGCGAGCUGGUCAAGUCUUCGCUUAAGCUGUCGUCGCUAGUGCGAAACAAGUCUAUGCCUGAGUCGUCCAUGAAGAGCGCCGCGGCUCAGGCCAUCAAAAACGUGCAUUUCGACCAGAAGCUGGAGCAUGUGCGACACUUCCUCAACUCUGACCGUCCUCAGGCCGUGGCCGACGGUUCUGUGAAGCCUCGACCCCACCACCACAACCACAACGGUGUGGGUACUUUCCAAUGGCGAGAUGACGACUCGUCUUCGGACGAGGACGACCUCCGAAAGGGCUACGAUAAGUACAUUGCCCGGACCGAGUGGUCGCUGUCGACCCCCAACUUCCCUGCUGUUCCUGGCCCCAAGCCCCACUCUGGUGAGCCGGACCCCAUGGUGUACCUGGAAAACCUAUUUCUAUCUGCCGACAAGAACAACCUGGUGGGCCAUGUGGCAGUCAAGAAUAUUGCAUUUGAGAAGCAGGUGAACGUGCGGUACUCGCUGGACUACUGGCAGACGGUGUCUCAGGUGGACGCGACCUAUAACGAUGACGCCCGCAAGAAGCUCAAGGAUAUGGGCUACGACCGAUUCACCUUCUCUAUCAACAUGAACUUGUUGCCUCAGCACAUUCUGACCCAGAAGCCCAUGCAUCUGUGUGUCCGGUACACUGCCAACGGCACCGAGUAUUGGGACAACAACGGGUUCCAGAACUUCCAACUAGAUUUCAAGCGGGUGCCCAAGCCCCAACGAGGCCCUGGCCGGUUCCAUAACCGAUCCAAGACGGAGUAUGGUGUUGGCUGGACACCCAAGUACUCCAAGGCCUCCUCUUCACCUGAAAAGGCCGACAAGAAUGAGAACGCGAAGCCCAGCAAGGAGCAGGAGCAGAGGGAGAACUCGAACGAGUCCUUCCUCGGCGACUUUGAGUACAAGGUGGCAUCCCCCAAGGCAUUUUCUGCCCGACGGUCUUCGGUCGACGACUCCAUUCCCCUCAAAUCCAAGACCAAGUCCAAGUUUCUGACCCCUCAGCGACGAAACACGGAAGACCAGCGAAACCUGUUUUCUCGCUACGAUUUCGGUAACUCAUUCCGACAAAAGACGCCCGAGCGACCCUCUGCCAAGGUUGCUUCCUCCGCCAACAGCAAGCCCAAGGCCAACGCCUCGUCCGAGGCCCCCUCCAAAAUUGUGCCUGCCUCUUCUUCCAGCGGCUCUUCCGACGAGUCGAGCCAAGACUCUUCUAACCAGUCUUCAUCCAACAGCUCCCCUCCCACCACGGCUGGUACCGGUGUUGGUGGAGCUGGUGAAAUGGAGAGCGCGGAGAUGAAGAAAGCGCCCAGCAUUGGCAACUUGGCUGCAGUCAUGACUGGCGGAGUCAAGCCUGAAGUCGACUCGCCCUCUUACCAGGAGAUGAUUAACAAGUACUGUUUCUUUGGCUCUGCUCCCAAGACGGAGGAGCCCGAACACUACUUUGUUCCCGGCCACGCGCACAGUGGCUCCAUCAGCAGCACCUCGUCGACUUCGUCUGAAGACUCCAUUUUAGGCAUGCGGCCCCAGCAGCCCUCUUAUGUGCAAUCCAAAAUGUCGUCCUUUUCCUCGGCCCUGAGCUCUGCCUGGCCUUGGAACGGCAACGGGAGUGGCGCCUCGAGCACCGCCACGACUCCCACCGGAGGUGAGUACGUCGGCCCCACCACGCUAGAUGGUAGCCUGCGUUCUCCCACCCCCACUCUUGGUUCCAGCCCCACCGGCAGCUGUCUGGAAUCGUCCUCGCCUGUUGGCUGGGCCAAGGGUGUUGAAGUAUAG